GAAAGCGACAUCGUUUUGGAUAACCGAGCUUUCAUUCGUCUUGGGUUUUACCGAAGUCUGCGGUACCGAGGGUGAGGCGGCUGCAUUUUGAGCAAACCACACGAAAUAAGGGCUUCCUUAAAUUGAGACAUCUAGUGAGAAUAGUGGUGUAAAGCUGAUCAACGACCACACACGCGUAAUCAUCACAGAACGGUGAAUGAUUAAAUCAUGAGGCUUCGAUACUGGGCGUUAAUCAGUGCCCUGGUCGGUGCUCACUUCGCUGGAUAUUCACCGAUCGGUGCAGCAUUCGACCUGUGUGGCCAGUCCUGGGCUGCCUGGCGCUCCUCAAGGGUCCCAGCUGUUGUUGAUGAAAGCUUGACAGCGGCCAUCAGGAACGUUACGGGCGACUUUGAACAGCUGGCAGACAUUGUCAAGGACUUCUUCAGACAAAGCGAUGGGGUGGAUCCUGAAGCAGAACAGCGCUUCAGGUACUUCCUACAGGAGAAGGCCCACAGGAAUCAUGCCAAGCUUGAAAGGGUGCUCGAUUGGCUGCUGGCGAUCUACAAGGUCGCCAUCCCAAUCCUGAUAUUUGUGAUCCUGGCGAAAGGGCCCAGCAGCAAGAAUGGGGACGGUGGCAAGCACGACAGGAUCAAGGCCAUUCACAGCAGGAGCCCUUCCAGCGGCAGCUUGUACAAGUCAACCAAGGACAGCUUCUCAAACUCGUCCUUGUUGGACUCUUCUGGUGCUGACCUUGAGAUUCAGCUUGUGGCGCUGCUUGCGUGACAAUGGGCUCAAUAAAAGCAUCAGCAGCACACAAGGAUGAACAG